GCAGUAUGUAUACAGCACCGGCGUUCGAACAAACAGAGCACAGGCACCGGCCGAUCGACUCAGCCUUCACAGACAGCCAUCAUGCCGCGGAACUACCGGCUGCCGAUGUACCACCGGCAGAGCCCGGCGAUCCGGUGCCUCAACUUCCUCUGCGCGGUGCUGCUCACGAUUGUCUUCAUCGCCGGCAUCAUCUUCUUCGUGCUCUGGCUCAGCCUGCGCCCGCACCGGCCAAAGUUCGCACUCGCCGACUUCGCCAUCCCCAACAUCAACCGCCAGACCGGCGCCGCCAACCUGCCCGUGAAGUUCACCGUCAACGAGCACAACCCGAACCAGAAGAUCGGCAUCUACUUCGACGCCGUCUACGGAUCGGUGUACUACGACAACAACGAGCUCAUCGCGUCCGGGCCGGUGGCUUACCCGUUCUACCAGCCGCCCAAGGGCGACCUGCCGGUGCAGGGCGAGCUCACCGCCUCCGGGCCGACGCCGACCGACCCGUCGUGGCAGCGGUUUGCCAGCGAGGUCGGCGCCGGGAGCGUCGAGAUGAGGCUGGUGCUCAACUCCACGGUGCGCUUCAAGGUGAAGCUGUGGGACACCAGGGAGCACCACAUGAAGGUGGACUGCGGGUUCAAGCUCGGCGGGGACGGCACACUCCUGAAGAAGAAUUCGCCCUGCGACGUCUACUUCUAGUACUGGAUCGUCAUCAUGCUAUGCUAGCAGCUAUUUUCUUUCCUUUUUCCUUUCCUCGAUUUAUUUGGAUUUGGGGUAGUAUUGGGCGAUUCUUUUAUCUUACUGCUGUUGAUAUUACAUGUACCGGUGACUCUACAUUUCAUACAGACCACUUUGUAAUUCUUGUACUAAUAUCUACAGAAUAUCUCAUAAAAAGAAGGCUAUGAUUUCAAUAUCCAUAAACUGAAACGGGCAAGACUGCCAAUACUGCCUUAA